GCCUUGACUUGGACAAGGCGUUCCUCGGCACGUGCAACUGCGACGGCCGCGGCGUCCUCAAGCCGCUGCCUGCGCGGGCGGGCGUCGGCGAGCUGGCGGAGCGCGGGGGCGAGCACGCGGCGGUCGUCGCCGAGGUGGAGCAGGAGGCUGAGCAGAUGAUGGGCUGGGCGCGCGUCGCGUCCCUGCACGCCUGGGGCCAGCAGGGCCAUCGCGCCGUGCGAGAACGCCAGUGGGACGACGCCUGGGACGCGCACGUGGGCGCCGGCCGAGGCCCCCUCGGUGGCUGCCGCGGGGCCCGCUCGCAGCGGCCGCGGCUGCUGCAGCUCGGAGGCGGGCCAGUGGAGGUGCACAGGUUCAGCGAGGAGGUGUUCUGCGGCAUGGCGCUGCUCCAGCUGAGGUGGCCCCAGGCACGCGCGGAUCCCGGCGCCGCGGACGAGGCGGAGAUCGCGCAGGUCCUCCACCGGGCCGUCGAGUGCGCCGGGCGGGCCCUCCAGCUCGACGGCGAGAGCUGCAGCGCGCACACCCGGAUCGCGCCCACGGCCUCAGCGUCGGGCGCCCGUUCUCGAUCCCCCGUGCGGCGGCGGCGCCCUCAUCGUCCUCAUCGACAGGUCAAUGGUGUACAAUGUUAUGGGGAUCUUGUUCGUCCUCCGAGUCAAGGUCAUCCAGUCCGCAAAUACGUGAAUGAUCUGGAUUACAGACAAGAGCCAUACCAGUGGCAUGUUUGCAUUGACUUGGACAAUCCGCAAACAUGUUGUACUUGGUUGAAGUGAGUUCUCCACGGCACGAUAUAUAUAGUACGAGAACAUUGGGCGAGGUGAUUGAAUAUGCACGCGCACGUUUUUUUGAGCGACUAUCUUAUCGGAGCGAGAGGUGAUCCGGUCCGCAACGGACGAGAGUCAUACCAGCGGCAUGUUGCAUUGACGUGGCAACCCGAAACAAUGUUGUUCUGUAUCGGUAAAGGGUCCGGCAUUACAAUGAGC